AUGAUAGGUGGGAUAUUUAUCUAUAACCACAAAGGGGAAGUUUUAAUAUCAAGAAUAUUUCGCGACGAUGUCUCAAGAAAUGCUGCGGACGCUUUUCGAGUCAAUGUUAUUCAUGCGCGACAACAGGUUCGCUCACCCAUAAGUAUAGUAGCAAGGACAAGCUUCUUUCAUGUCAAAAGAGCAAACAUCUGGAUAUGUGCUGUUGCUCGUCGUAACGUUAAUGCUGCUAUGGUCUUUCAGCUGUUACACGCUCUUCUGAACCUGAUGAAGGAUUACUUUGGUAGAGUUACGGAGGAAAAUAUAAAAAAUAACUUCGUCUUAAUAUACGAAAUUCUUGAUGAGGUGAUUGAUUAUGGAUAUGGUCAGAACACAGAUACAGGAAUUUUAAAAUCCCUUAUUACUCAGGCUGGGACACGCACUGCCAGUAAAGAGGAGACUGCUCAAAUAACAAAUCAAGUUACUGGUCAGAUUGGAUGGCGCCGUGAAGGUAUAAAAUACAGAAGGAAUGAACUGUUUCUGGAUAUCAUGGAGUCGGUCAAUCUUCUCAUGUCACCGCAAGGACAAGUUUUAUCUGCACAUGUGGCAGGUCGAGUGAUCAUGAAGUCUUACUUAAGUGGUAUGCCAGAAUGUAAAUUUGGUUUUAAUGACAAAGUCAGUUUGGAAAAUAAACAACGAUCUACAGCUGGCACAGAAGAUAGUAGUGGAGGUAUUGCAAUAGAUGACUGUCAAUUUCAUCAAUGUGUUAAACUGGGUCGAUUCGAAACUGAACAUACAAUCUCUUUUAUCCCACCAGACGGUGAAUUCGAGUUGAUGCGUUAUAGAACUACUAAGGAGAUCAGUUUACCAUUUCGUAUAAUACCAUUAGUUCGUGAACUUGGUAAAACUAAAAUGGAUGUAAAAGUUAUAUUAAAAGCUAAUUUUCGUCCCAAUUUAUUUGCACAAAAAAUUGAAGUUCAUAUACCAACUCCAAUGAAUACAAGUGGUGUACAAGUUGUUUGUAUGAAAGGUAGAGCAAAAUAUAAAGCAGCUGAAAAUGCUAUUAUAUGGAAGAUUAGACGAAUAUCUGGUAUGAAAGACUGUCAAUUAUCUGCGGAAAUUGAAUUGUUACAAGCUUCAGAUAAACAAAAACGUUGGAUGCGCCCACCAAUUUCUAUGAAUUUUGAGGUACCAUUUGCACCAUCUGGAUUUAAAGUUCGCUUCUUAAAAGUAUUUGAAUCUAAAUUAAAUUAUUCAGAUCAUGAUGUAGUGAAAUGGGUUCGUUAUAUUGGUAAAAGUGGUUUAUAUGAAACAAGAUGUUAAAAAGACAAUCUUCAUUUCAACAAAUCAACUUCUUUGUUUAAAUGAAUGAUUAUAUAACUGGUUUGUUUUAUUCAAAAUUUGCGACCAAUUCAAUCAUAUUUGUGUAUUACCGACACACAUACAAACACAAAAUCUGGCAUAAUAACCAACUAUGCAUAGUGUUCAUUCAAUCCAAAUCUUCAUCUCUCUUUCUUCUUUUUUGUUCAUCUCAUGAAGAUCUUCAAUUGUUUAAUCACCCUUAAAUUUGUUUACUACACAUAUGGGUAAACGUAUAGUUGUAUGUUCAUCAUUCAUUAUAAUAAUAAUGAUAGGUCUACAAUUACGUAAAAGGAAUAAUGAAUAAAGAAUUUAUUUGUGCAUUUCUAUGUUCGAUUCCCGUGUUUAUUAUAAUUCAGUAAUCCAUUGAAUUAACAACUGGAUCUUUGUGUUAAUGUUGUAUGGCAAGUCGAACUGAUGUACUUACGUACGUACAAAGUUCUACGUU